AUGUUUAUAGAAAUUAGCUCUAAUCUAAACUUACAGACAAACACAAAAAUUACCAGUAAUUACCAUGAAAUUUUUUUCUCAUUUCCACUACGUCUAAUUUAUCAUAUAAAUUUAACUCUGAAAAUUCUACCCUAUUUAGUUGACGGUUUGUGGUACUGUAGAAAUGAAGCCUUAUCUCUCAAUAUGGUGGUGAAUAAAGUGAUUUUGGUUGGAGGCGACUGUAAACUCGACUGUUUAAAACGUUAUCUUAUGUGUGAUGAUCGAUGCAAACGAAUGCCUUUCCGUGAAGAGACAUGCUACUUAGAAUGCAAGAACACAUUAUCAGAAUGUCUGGAUAAACCAUGUGCGAAAUUUGCUGAGGACUAUUAUGAAAGAUACAGUUAAUUAGCUGUCAUUAUUUCUUCUAGAAAAAAUAUAUAUUCGUUCACUUUUGUAUAUUUACGCUAACUCAGUGGUAAAAAGAUCCGCUUCACUAUAUACAGCUAAAUAUUUUACCUUAUCAAAUACAAAGUCGAAGAAUAAUUGAAAUAUUUGAUGUAUUUUUUUUACUUUGCUUAUUGAAAAGGAAUAAGUAUUUUUGCUUUGGCCGGUAAGAGUGAAUAAUAUAAAAUCAUUUACAUUGAUUUCAUCGAAUCUCUGGUAACAGGCAUAAACGGUCUAGGAAAGGAAUCAGUAAAUAACUACUCAAUUUGAUUGAAAAUUAC